AUGGGCAUCCUGAACGAGCAAGGAGAGGACCGCCUUCCCGGAAGAGAGGGUAUCUCCCAGAGUCUGGAACCCUCUCCUGACAGCACUGGGGCCCCAGGCUUUGCUGGACAUCUGCACGUUAAGGUCCCCCUUGGUUUUGUCUUGCAGGGGCUGCUGGAUCCAGUUCUUAGCGGACGGGACGCCCAAACAGGAGACUGCUGUGAGGCCCGAGAGCACCCUAAAGAGGAGACCUGUAAGUCGCCUUCCUCAGAGCCGCCUGAGGUGCAUUUCUCAGUCACCAUGCCUCUCAGUCAGAUGAAUGAGCUCUCCAAGCAUGGGGAAGAUCGUCUGGUUCCAAUAGAGAACCAAAACCUGUUCGAGGAGCUGCUAUUAGUGUCCGAAGAGGAGAAUAAUACCGUGUCCCCCUCUUCCUCCGUAUCUUCCACCCCCUCUGUGUUGUUUCCUGAUAGCCCAGAUGAGGUGCCUGAUGCUAUGACACCUAGUCCCCCCCAUAGCCCACAGGGUGCCGGUCCCUUGCCAGCUGCCAUGGAGGCCGCUCCAAUGAGCCCAUCCGAGGAAGAGAAUUCCAGCAAUCAAGUUGGGGAGGGGCCAAGCACCGGGCAGGACCCGGGAAACGCUGAGUCCUUUCUUAGAGAGGCACUGCGUUGCAAGGUGUUCGACCUGGUGAGGUUCCUGCUGCUGAAGUAUCGUGCAAGGGAGCCGACCACCAAGUCAGAAAUGCUGAGUCGCGUCAUCAAGGAGCACCAGGACCAUUUCCCUGAGAUCUUCGGCCGAGCCUCACAGUGCCUGAGGCUGCUCUUUGGCAUUGAGGUGAAGGAAGUGGACCCCAGCGACGGCGUUUAUUUCCUGGUCACCACUGGGGGCUUCACCUAUGAUGCGAUGGUGGGCGAAGGGCCCGUUUUGCCCAACACUGGCCUCCUGGUCAUGCUCCUGUGUGUGAUUCUCGUGGAGGGCGACUGUGCCCCUGAGGAGGAAGUCUGGAAAGCCCUGAAUGGCAUGGGGGUGCACGAUGGGAGGGAGCAUUGCAUCUAUGGGGAGCCCAGGGAGCUCAUCACUAGUGUUUGGGUGCAGGAAGAGUAUGUGGAGUACAGGCAGGUUGCCAACAGUGAUCCUGCUCGCUACGAGUUCCUGUGGGGUCCCAGGGCCCACGCUGAAACCACCAAGUUCAAUUUCCUGGAUUAUUUGCUUGGGGUCAAUAGCAAGGAUCUCAGUUUCUUCCUAAAUCUAUCCAAAGGGGUGGAGAAUGAUGAGGAAGAGAUGUCCUGA